CGUUGUUCUUCAACAAACGAUAGCAGAAACGAAACAAGCUGUGAACCUAAAAACCUUGCUGUUACUCUUCAAUGGCGGUAGCGAGGAUCUUAGCUGCUACGGCAACAAUAACAGUAAUUGCAGCCUCUCUGUUUUGGGCAUCUACCGCCAAUGAUACUACUGAAUCUGCUUUUGUCAAGAAAACCAUUUCUUCGCACAAGAUCGUCAUCUUCUCCAAGUCCUAUUGCCCAUACUGUAAGAGGGCUAAAGCUGUUUUCAAAGAGUUGAACAAAGUGCCACAUGUUGUUGAGCUAGAUGAGAGAGAUGACGGGCAGAACAUUCAGGAUGCCUUGAGUAAAGUUGUUGGAAGGCGUACAGUUCCUCAGGUUUUCAUAGAUGGAAAGCAUAUUGGUGGCUCUGAUGAUACUGUUGAAGCUUAUACAAGUGGGGAACUAGCUAAGCUUCUAGGUAUUGCUGCUAAGAAUGAUGAUCUUUGAUCCAAUACUAUAGUUCAUUGUUAGAAUAAUAUGCAAAAGCAGUAAACAUGUUCUGAACUCUUCAAAUGGAUAAUAUGGUUUUUACUGUUACCUUUAUAAUGUUAUCUAAUUUUUUAUAUUUUGGUUUCCAUUUGGCUACCAUAGACAAGUUUUUAAAAUUAUGCAUGUUGAUUCAUGGUUUUUAUCAA